UGGCCAGAGGGUGGAAGGACUAUUUCCCGCCAACGCAGAAGCAACCCAGUUUAUUGGUCCGGAUGUGAAAGGGGAGGAGUCAAAGAAGGGCAGCAGUAUGGUUUUACUCUCACCUGCAGGGAGAGGGAACCUAGCAGAGGGAGGACAGGAAGGGACAAAACGCCCAGGACCGCCACACAUGCAGAAUAAUCAACCACAGGAGUGAUUUCUACAGUUGUCCGAGCUUGACAGGCAUCCAACUCCAUGAUGGAAGCUGUACGGAGUCUCAACCUCUGUCUGUUUCUGAUCCUACUCAUGAUCAGUCAGAGGAACCAGGUCAACAGCCAAGUCUUCCCCCUGAUGGAGGCACCUGCAGGCAGCCCGACGGAGACAGUCCCCGGGCACGGCACAGCGGCGGGCACGGAGCACGUCCCAGGAGGGGGCACGGAGCAUGUUACAGGAGAGGGCACGGAGCACGUUACAGGAGGGGGCACGGAGCACGUCCCAGGAGGGGGCACGGAGCACGUUACAGGAGAGGGCACGGGCCACGACAACGCCACUGGGGGUGGUGGGCAUGGGGCAGCCGUCAUCACAACCCUGCCCAUCGUCACCUGGAAGUGGCACCACGUGGAGACCCCUUACCUGGUGGCACUCUGGGUCCUGGUAUGCUGGCUCUGCAAACUAGUGUUUGAGCUGAAACACACCCUGGUCACCGUGAUCCCAGAGAGCGCUCUCCUCAUCUUGAUUGGCUUCAUCCUGGGAGGGAUCAUCUGGGGGGCAGACAAGGUCCAGACCUUCACCCUCACCCCCACAGUGUUCUUCUUCUAUCUGCUGCCCCAGAUCAUCCUGGACGCAGGCUACUGCAUGCCCAACAAGCUUUUCUUCAGCAACAUGGGAGCCAUCCUGACGUACGCUGUCGUGGGCACAUGCUGGAACGCCGGUGCUGUUGGGCUGGCCCUGUGGGGGUGCUAUUUGGGUGGUGCGAUGGGUGUGCUGAACAUCGGUCUGCUUCAGUUCCUGUUGUUUGGGAGUCUUUUAUCAGCAGUGGACCCUGUGGCGGUGAUCGCUGUGUUCGAGGAAGUCCACGUCAACGAGGUCCUGUUCAUCUUGGUGUUCGGGGAGUCUCUCCUUAACGAUGGUGUCACUGUUGUGCUGUUCAAUGUUUGUGAUGCCUUUGUCUCACUGGGAGGGGCAAAGAUUAACGCGGCAGAGAUAAUCAAAGGAAUAAUCUCGUUCUUCGUGGUGGCGUUUGGCGGCGCCCUGGUGGGCGUGGUGUUUGCUGUGCUGAUCUGCCUCCUGACUAGAUGCACCAAAAACAUCCAGAUCAUAGAGCCAGGCUUCAUCUUCGUCCUGGGCUACCUCUCCUACCUCACAGCUGAGAUGCUCUCCCUCUCUGCCAUUCUGUCGGUCACUUUCUGUGGCGUCUGCGCUCAGAAAUACAUCAACGCCAACAUGGACGAGAGGUCUGUGACCACGGUACGAUACACAAUGAAGGUGUUUGCCAAUGGCUCAGAGACUAUGAUCUUCGUCUUCCUGGGAAUCUCAGCCAUUAACCCGGCCAUCUGGGUGUGGAACACAGGAUUCAUCCUCCUCACUGUCUUCUUCGUCUUGGUCUUCAGGUUCAUGGGUACGUUCUUUCUCACCUGGAUACUGAACAAAUACAGACUGGUUCCCCUGGAGAUCAUCGAUCAGGUGGUCAUGAGCUACGGAGGCCUGAGAGGGGCAGUAGCGUACGCCCUUGCAGUUUUACUGGACGAGAAUAAAAUCCCAGAGAAGAAUCUAAUGCUCAGUACAACUCUCAUAGUGAUUUACUUCACUGUCAUCCUGCAGGGCGUAACAAUGAAACCACUGGUCACCUGGCUGAAAGUGAAGAGGCAAACAGAAAAGGAAAUAACACUUGCUGAAAAACUACAGAACCGGGCCUUUGACCACAUGCUAGUUGCAAUAGAGGACAUAUCUGGACAAAUAGGACACAACUACAUGAGAGACAAGUGGAACAACUUUGAGGAGAAAUGGCUCUGCUGGCUGCUGAUGAAACCUUCAGCCAGGAAGUCUCGAGACUACCUCUUCAACAUCUUCCACCAGCUCAACCUCAAGGACGCCAUGAGCUAUGUGACUGAGGGUGAGCGUAGAGGCUCCUUGGCAUUUGUGCGACAUGACACGGCUAACGUUGACUUUAAAAAGAAGUUUGGGGACGAAUUCUCCGAGGUCAUGCCUGACUUCAUGGAUUACAUGACUGACGACCAGGGUCCAGAGCACGCUUCUGUCUCGUCCUUCUUACGAGACAACGUGCCGUCUGUGAGUCUAGACGUGGACCAGGACGUGAAGGGCAUGAGAGAAUCAGAUAUCAACGCACAUCAUCUCCUGCAGCAGCACCUCUACAAGGGCAGGAAGCAGCACAGACACAGGUACAGCAGGAGUCACCUGGACGUCAACAAGGAUGAGAACGAGGUGCAGGAGAUCUUCCAGCGCACCAUGCGGAGCCGCUUGGAGUCCUUCAAAUCCGCCAAAACGGGUGUUGCACCAUCCAAGAAGAUAAGCAGGAACCCGAACAAGGAUCGGAAGGUGCCAAAUGGACAGUCGAUGGACAGAAGCAAAAACCAUCCUUAUGGAGAUGAAGAUUUUGAGUUUUCUGAAGGAGACAGUGCCUCUGGUGGUGAAGUUACAGGCGUCUCGUUCCCCAUGAGGGUCACCUACAGGCCUGGAGCUGGUAUUGAGAACCCAGCCUUUCUGCCGGAGGUGGACCCGCUCCAGAUCCCUCCCUGGCUGGCAGAGUCUGAGGGCAGCGUGGCCCCUUCCCAGAUGGCCCAGGUCCGGCUGCCCUGGACCCCCAGCAACCUGCACCGCCUCGCCCCGCUACGCAUCAGCAACCACUCCAACGACUCUUUCCUGAUGACCGACUCCCCCGCCCCACCAGAGGGCGCUGCUGACCAGUCUCCGCAGAACGGAACUCACAUGUAGUCCCUUUCGACACUGACCUGCAAGACUUGCAUAUAUAAGGGACCACAUGACCACUGACCACAUAUAUAUACACUAUAGAACUGUUUUUAAAACUGAACACUUACUAGGUAUUUUUAUUUGCACUGUUCAAUCAUAAUUUGUGUUUUUUUUGUGGAACUGUUUAAUCAUUGUACUGAAUCUCCAGAUCAGACCAAAACAUUCACGGCAUCAACAUUUAUAUUGGAAUAAUAUUUUAAGAGCACUUUUGUGCAAUGGACCAAGCUGUCUUAUACAUCAACCUCAUCAGGUAUAUUAUAGACAGGUUCAACUGCAAACGACAUAAGAAAAUUGGGCAUUUGAUUUCAGCAUUACAGAAGAGCUAAAUCACUCUUAAAAAAAGAGCAUAGCUAAAUUAAAUGCCAUUCCACUUACAAAUUCUUAAUUUCUUAGUGUAAUUCAUAUUCUCCUUGUCAGACAUUAUAGAAGUAAAAUUGAGGUGACAUUGAUUUAUUGUGCCUUAUUACAGAGACAGCACUGUUGUAAAUGUAUAUUUUAUGAUAGAGCAUUUCUUUAUUUAUUCACCAAUAAAAACUCUGUCCAUUUA